GGCCGAGCGAAGUGAUUGAGAUCAGAGAAAGUAGUUGCUUUUUCGGCGCGCCAUAAUCAUGGACGCUGUGAAGCUGCUCGUCUUCGUUGCAGUAUACUUUCAAGGCUGUUUUUCGACCGAAAGGAAGAAAUCCUUUAGUCCCUGUAAGGAUGCCAGUAAAGGUUCUCUGUACGAUUACACAGUGAACGACAUCCAUGGUGUUAAACUAGAUGAGAAGUUUUACAAAAAUCAAGUCACUUUGGUUAUGAACGUGGCGACCUUCUGAGGAUUAACCAUGCAGUAUCUUCAAUUGAAUGAAUUACUUGAAAAAUAUAACAAGGAUAAGAACGAUAAUGCGAAGUGCAGCUUUAAAGUACUAGCCGUACCCUGCAAUCAGUUUGGACUUCAGGAACCAGGAGAGAAUGCGUACGAGAUUUUGAACGGGUUGAAAUAUGUUCGUCCUGGUCAUGGGUUUACGUUGAAUCACGAUAUAAAGUUGCUAGAGAAAACUGAAGUCAACGGGAAAAAUGAAAACAAAAUGUUCACGUUUCUCAAGGUAAUUAAUAUUAAUGAAAAUUUACAAUAUGAUUAGUUGAACAGUAGAAUAGCGAUAAUUGGAAAAUUUUCCCCCAUUAAUGUUUUUUUUUUUUCGAUUGGGAAAUCGGGUUUUGGAUUUUAAAAUCUAAUUUCGGGCAGGCAAAUCUAGAAUUAUAGUUCAAUCUACCGAAGAGAUUUAUAGCAAAAGAAAAAUGAAAUCCCAAAAUUCUUAUUUAAAUAUCAAAGACGAAUUUUCCAAUAAAAGCGAGUCCGUUUCUUGCGCUCUAUAAGGGGUUCCUUCCUGGAUAUUUUUUAGAGUCAAGGAAGGACAUCUCUGAAAAUCCCAUGUAUAUUUUACGCUAUAAAAAACAGUUUAUUUUAUUCCCUUUCAUAACUGGUUGUUUUUUGACAAUUCGCACCAGGUGGUAUUUGAACAAGACGUUACAUGCGAGCCUGAAAAAACUCGUGAAACAUUAUGCAGCUUGAAGAAAGACAGACUUAUUUAUUAACUCUCGAGAAAAAUGACAACAAUACAUUGUGGGAUUUCUUGACUGGAAUGUUGCGUCCUGAUAAUGAGCUCGUUAAAUUAUCCUUGAUGAUCAAUGAACAAGAAGCAAGAAAUUGUUUUCCUAAAAAAUUGUUCAGUUAGGGGAGAAAAACUGACUUAAAUACUGAAAAGAGUUCCUAGGUUUGGAUUGACGUUAAAACUUUUAUAUUUACUCGUAGGAACAACUGGUCUUGUCCACUGUUUCGAAAAUUGACUCUUGAAUUACUCGGUAAAACAUUAGUGCGAAGUGCAGUUACUUGUUGCUUUUUUAAUUUUUUUUUUUGGUCAUUUAACAACAGUGCGAGAGUCUACCACAAUUGCAGAUAACGUACAAGCAAAACGGCCACAAAAAUAUUAGGGGAAAAAAGACAGGAUGGUAAAAUAAGGAUCAGAUUAUAAUCAAGUAUUAGCAAUGAUUUUAGUAACAUAACUCUCGGUAGCUCCUGAAUGGUAAAUGUGUGCCUACAUACUUCGCUAGAAGUGUUACUAUUCCUUCUAUACCCGGGAGAAAUUUCAUUCUUCGUAAAGCAAAUUGGCACUCAUAGUCCCCGUGGUACGCAAGUUUGUCACGCUGAAGGUUUACGAUAAUUCAAACAAGAUUCGGCUAGGUCUGGGCAGGUGACACCUGAAACAAAAGUCAUGUAGGAGGGGUAAAGUAGACAAUUUUUUAAUACAAAUGUGGUACAUUCAUUCCCCGUGCGCUGCAAAAGGGAGGCUACCCAAGUAACUGCAUCCAUCCGACUCCACCGAAGUGCUGCUGAAUUUGAGGCCUGCUCUCAUUCUCAUUAUUCCCCAGGCCUUUCCUUUCAUUGCUUCUCUCCAACGGAGGCAAAAGGGAGAGAGACUAGCGGAACGUAGUGCUGCAGUUCUUUGAAAACCUGACUAUGACGUUGUAGUAACCGUACCGUUGCUUGCUUUCCUCUUUGACAGAACCGAUGUCCAGCGCCUGACAACUUUAUUGAUGAUCUCGAUAAGAUCAAAUGGUCGCCAGUCAGAAACGACGAUAUAACAUGGAACUUUGAGAAAUUUCUUGUGAACCACAAUGGCCAGCCAUAUCGUCGCUAUUCUCCAGUAGUGGAACCCAAAGAAAUCACUGAAGACAUCGAAAAAUUGAUAAAGCAAUGCACACAAGAUUCUUCCUAAGAAAGCUUUUGGGAAUGGGAUAAAGUCAGCCUCCUCUUGAUGUGCCUUGCAUGGCUCUUUUCUUGAAAUGCACUAAGAUCAACCUGUAGAGACUCGCGUAUAGUACGGGCUUAUCUCGGGGGUCUAGGGGCAUGUUCUGUCCAAAAAUUGGAAAUUUAGAGCCUCUGAAAUCACCGGAAACGUGUUUUACUAUUUAUUUGAGCCCUGAGAAAAUUUUGUCAUAUUUUCAUCACCAUUCUCUUAGUUUUCUGCACAAAAAUGUACAUUUAACAAAUUAAAUUGUGUUUGUUUUUAGCAGAGAGAUGAGAAGUAUACUUUUGUAAAUUCAAAAAAGAAAGAAAGAAAUCCCCGCGAAAUUAUUGUUGGGGUUAUAGCUUACCCAGCCUCAUAGCUUCGCCUUCCCGUAAUCUUUAUGUCAUCAGACCAAAACGCCGAGUUUUUCUUUACCGAAAAGUGCAAUCUCUGCUUCUGCACAGGAGGGGAUAAACUUCAAGACGCAACCAUUAACUUUAAAACUAUUCGUUAUAAUUUACAACGCUGUAGACCUCUUUAGUUUGUAUGUUUUGUUUUCCCAAUACCGGUCACGUGAUAACACUCUAGGGAACCGUUUCUUUCAGAUUUCGUCUUAUUCAUGUGCAUAUCUACGCAUAAUUUAUGAAAAGACAAUGGGUCAAGUUCCCCUGGGACCUCUAUUGGGAAAACAAAACAUACAAGCUAAAAAGGUUUUCACUCACGUGACCAGCAUCUAUGCAAAUUUAUGGGAACAAAAGAAACUGUUUACAUAAGAAAAGAGAUCAACUCCCACAGGAUUGGUUUGGAACACCAACAUGGCCGCCGUGACGUCAUGUGAAACCCAUUGUUAGACGUAUGGCCAUGUGGUACUGGUGCCCAAACUUCCGCAGUUUAAAAGAGCACUGGCGAGUCUGGGGCUAAAAGGCUAUUCCGUGUUGAAUGUCGAAUCACUGUGUUAAGAGGAGGCUGACUAAUCUAUGACUGCACCAGAUUUUUUAAAUAAUAUAAAAUAAUAAUGAUAAUAACGUGAUGUAUGUGAAGUACAGUCAGAACUCAAGCGAAUGAUGAGCAGGUCACAAACUGCCAUGAACAGCAGAUCUGCUUUGAUUAGAGUCUUGAUACGCUGUGCGGUCUUCAAUUCAUUCAACCGCAAGCGCAUUUGAGACUUACACUUGAGUUUGAACUACCAAAAAUAAACCAAGCGAC